UCCCACCGACCUGCCCUUGCCUGCGCGGCUGCGGCCGCCUAUAAGGCUAGCUACCCCGCCAGCCAGCUCUCGUUGCCCUUGCCCCCCGUCCGUCCGUCCGUCCCUCACCUCACCUCACCGCGCCCCCCUCCUUCCCUCCCUCAUCAGGUAGCAGCACAGCACAGCGAGCCGCCCUGCUCGGCCGGCGUAGGCUCAGGCCUCAGGCACAGCCCAGAGCGAGCGAGACACAGGGAAAGAGACAGAGCCAGCCACAGCCAGGUAAAAGGCAAAAGCACAGCACAUUAAAAGAGAGGCCGCGAGCAGCGGCAGAGCGGAGAGAGAGAACAGAGAGAGAAGCAUAUAUGGCGAUGCCCUUUGCCUCCCUGUCUCCGGCAGCCGACCACCGCCCCUCCUCCCUCCUCCCCUUCUGCCGCGCCGCCCCGCUCUCCGCGGUGGGGGAGGCCGACGCGCAGCAGCACGCGAUGAUGAGCGGGAGGUGGGCAGCGAGGCCGGUGCCCUUCACGGCGGCGCAGUACGAGGAGCUGGAGCACCAGGCGCUCAUAUACAAGUACCUCGUCGCCGGCGUGCCCGUCCCGCCGGACCUCCUCCUCCCCAUCCGCCGCGGCUUCGUCUACCACCAGCCUGCCCUUGGGUACGGGCCUUACUUCGGCAAGAAGGUUGACCCGGAGCCCGGGCGGUGCCGGCGUACGGACGGCAAGAAGUGGCGGUGCGCCAAGGAGGCCGCCCCGGACUCCAAGUACUGCGAGCGCCACAUGCACCGCGGCCGCAACCGUUCAAGAAAGCCUGUGGAAGCGCAGCUCGUCACCCCGCCGCACGCCCAGCAGCAGCCCCCGGUGGCCGCAGCCGGCUUCCAGAACCAAUCGCUGUACCCGGCGGUCCUCGCCGGAAACGGCGGCCGUGCAGGCGGCGGCGGCGGUGGCGGAGGUGGCCUCGCGACUGGCACGUUCGGCCUGGGGUCCACCGCUCAGCUGCACAUGGACAGUGCCGCCGCUUACGCGACCGCUACUGGUGGAGGGAGCAAAGAUCUCAGGUAUUCUGCUUAUGGGGUGAGAUCUCUGUCGGACGAGCACAGCCAGCUGAUGCCCGCCGCCAUGGACACCUCGAUGGACAACUCAUGGCGCCUGCUGCCGUCCCAGACCUCGACGUUCCAGGCCACAAGCUACCCGCUGUUCGGCACGCUGAGCGGCCUGGACGAGAGCACCAUCGCCUCACUGCCCAAGACCCAGCGGGAACCGCUCUCCUUCUUCGGGAGCGACUUCGUGACGGCCGCGAAGCAGGAGAACCAGACGCUGCGCCCCUUCUUCGACGAGUGGCCCAAGGCGAGGGACUCGUGGCCGGAGCUGGGCGACGACAACAGCCUCGCGUCCUUCUCGGCGACGCAGCUCUCCAUCUCCAUCCCCAUGGCGACCUCCGACUUCUCCAACACCAGCUCCCGAUCGCCCAGCGGAAUACCAUCAAGAUGAGCGAUCGUACCAUGUGGAUUCCGACGUCUCAGAGCUGACGACUCUUUGGUGCUGACCUCAUCUGAUCGUGAGGCGUCAACAAACACGUUCACUACCACUAUUAUGCUCCUUUAAAUUUUCGAACGAUGCUUCUGUAAUAUUUUUUUUUUCUUCUCCUCCCCAAGUUACACUCUUUGCCCUAUCUGAAUUGUAUGAAGUUCAUGGUCGGCGUGGCGCCGUUGUUUAUUUGACCUGUUUAAUAUCGAAAGCUCAGUUUCGAGUUACUCCAUC